AUGGGAGACGCAGAUUUAUAUCUGGCAAAACCUUCUGGGGCUUGCUGCCUGAAAGGCACAAUUCAUGAAGGAGAACCUCGGGGCCGUCUGACCACCAUUUCAGGCAUCGAAACAUAUAUCUCGACGGCACCGGAGGGGAAGGUCAAUGGCAACAUCUUACUCUAUUUUCCCGAUGUCUGGGGCUUAUUUAACAAUGGGCUAUUGAUAAUGGAUGGGUUUGCUGAUGCUGGAUAUCUCGUUUUUGGUUUGGAUUAUUUUCAAGGAGACCCCGUUUGGAAGCACAGAAAGAAUAGACAUGAUCAAUCUGAUCCAAAUUUUGAUUAUGAAGCUUGGAAACGAAAACACACUGCUUUUGCAGAUGAGAACGUUCCGAAAUGGAUUAGAGAAGUCAAGCAACAGUAUGGCCAACCGAAAACCAAGUACGCUUGCGUCGGAUACUGUUUCGGUGCGCCUUAUGUAUGUAAUGAGCUUGCUGGCGAUGAAGUCGCCGCUGGUGCUUUUGGCCAUCCUGCAUUUCUCAAGGAGCACCACUUUAUGAACUUGAAGAAACCAUUAUUCCUCUCCUGUUCAGAUAUUGACCACACUUUUGAUACCGAGUCACGGAGAAGAGCCUUGGACCUUCUUCAUACUGGCAAUACGCCAUACCAGUUGCAGUUAUUCGCAAAUGUCGAGCAUGGAUUUGCAUUGAGGGGGAAUAUGGAGAACCCGUAUGAGCCCUUUGACUUCACCGGCGAAGUAGCAAUCGUCACUGGUGCCGGGUCUCGAAUGGUAGGCGAAAUUGGCAAUGGUCGAGCAACAGCAAUCCUCCUCGCUCGACAAGGAGCUAAGGUAGCUCUGGUAGAUUUCAGCGCCGAGUGGGCUGCCGAGACAAAAGGAAUGAUUGAUGCUGAGGGCGGAAUCUCAGAAGUGAUUCAAACGGAUGUCACGGACGAAGAAUCAUGUAAGAAUGCAGUUGCGAAAACUGUCGAGAUUUUCGGAGCUGUUCAUAUUCUGGUUAACAUUGUUGGCGUUGGUGGAGCCAUGGGAGAUGCGACGAAGAUCGAUAUGGAUGCCUGGGACCGUGACUUCAGGAUCAAUGUCACGAGCAUGGUGCUGAUGGCUCGUCAUACAAUUCCAGAAAUGCGGAAGAAUGGCAGAGGUGUAAUCGUCAACAUGUCUUCCGUGAGCGGUCUUCUGGGUGGCAAUCCAAGCCUCCUAUAUCCUACUACGAAGGGCGCAAUUGUUCAGAUGACUCGAGCUAUGGCCGCCCAACACGGACCUGAAAACAUUAGAGUAAACUGCGUCUGCCCAGGGAUGGUCUUCACUCCUAUGGUAAGAGGGCGAGGAAUGACAGAUGCGAUGCGUCAGGCGAGAAUUAACCAGAGUCUACUCAAGCAAGAAGGGACUGGGUGGGAUGUUGGUUAUGCUAUUUUAUUUCUGUGCAGUAAAGAAGCCAGAUGGAUUACGGGCCUGAUAAUGCCGGUUGAUGGAGGUACAACUGCAGGGAAAACAGACCGCCCCGCUCUGAAGGCAGAUACACUGGCAGAACAGAACACCGGCGUGUUGAAUGGCGAAGCGUAGAAAAUUGCACAGCG